CCCAAGUGCUCCGCCGGGAUCCAGAUGAAGCACAUCUGGACAGCUGUGCUGAGAAAGUUUGUGGACCCCUUCCAGGCCUACCAUCCGAAAGGCACGUCCCCCACGUUGCCUCCUGCUAGGCACUUAGGACUUACUCACUCACCCAAGAAGCAAUCAGCAGCAACCCAAGCCUGAACCUUUUUCUCUCCCCCUCCCCCAUGCGAGGCGAGGCCACAUCACAUUCAACACAGUUUAAUUUUCAUGGGGCUUUGCUAUCAAAAGAACAGAACCAACAACAAAAGCCCAGCCGCUGUCUGAUCCUCACUGGCUAAGUGAGGAAAGUAAGGUGCUGAGUAACCAGGACAAGCUAGGACAUGGGGAGUUUCAGAGGUCAUGCUCUCCCUGGAACAUUCUUCAUUAUAAUGGGCUUUUGGUGGUGUACAAAGGGUAUCCUGAAAUAUGUCUACAAAAAGCAAACUAAGACCUGCUACCUUAGUUCCAAAACAUUAUUACGUCGAGCAGAGAUAUGGGAAGGAGUUGUCGUGAUUAUCAUGGCUUUUACUGGUAUGGUUGGGGAGCAGUUUACUUCGGGAGGACCCUUUCUCACCCUGUAUAAAGAUGGCCAGUGGUACUUGCUUCUGGAGUGGCAUCACACAACCAUGUACUUCUUCUUUGGGCUACAGGGUGUAGCACAGAUCUUAUGUUUCACUACCAACUUAUUUCCUCUUUCCUUAAGCAAGUUAAUGUUAUCAAAUGCCAUCUUUGUGGAGUCCUUUAUCUUCUUCAACCACACACACGGUCGGGAGAUGCUGGAUAUCUUUGUGCACCAACUUCUGGUCUUCACUACCAUCGUGGCGGGUCUGGUUACCUUCAUGGAGUUCCUCAUGAAAACCAAUGUACUUCUGGAGGUCCUGCGCUCCAGUCUCAUCAUACUACAAGGGACCUGGUUCUGGCAGAUUAGUUUUGUCCUAUACCCCCUUAGUGGAAGACCCACAUGGAAUCUGUCAGAUAUUGAGAAUAAAAUGUUUCUCACCAUGUGCUUUUCUUGGCAUUAUGGAUCAAUCUUUGUCGUCAUCGGAACAAUAUAUGCUUUUAUCACCUGGCUGACAUCUGAGCCUCAUCUACUUAGGGGCCGGGCAGUCUUCAGGAACAGUGCCAGAAUGCAAGGAAAAACUCUGCUUCGUGUCAGCUCCCCUCCAGAGCCAAGAGAAGACUACUGUCUCUUCCUGUUUCAAAAGCCUUCAGAUGCCUAAUAAAUGGCUUGUCCACUUACAGGUUAGUUAAAUCUAGACAUAGGAAGGUCUGCAUCUCAGAAGUUGGACUCCUGAAAAAUGUUGAACGUGAGCAAGAGUCUGAAGAAGAAGUGUGAUGGGCAUCUAGUCUUUCUAGUCUUUCUCUUUUUGCAUUGCCUUUGUUCAUGGCCUUGUUUCUUGACCUUUUGUCUAGAGAGCAGUCGUCUGAGCCUGACUCCAUGCUCUUCGUAUUUCCAGUUUUCUUAAAGUGUUGGACUUGAAACGUCUUACUUUCAGCUUUGAAAGUACCUUGGGUGACAAAUUCACUUUGCAUAUUGUGCAUGCCAUGGUAUUCAGGAGUAAUCAUGAUUUUUUUUCCCAAAGUCAUAUAUAGUUUCGUGUCGAUAUUAUAAAAAUUAUAUAUAUUAUAUAUAUUAUUUUCCUGAUAUAUACCUUCAAGAUUUGUGGUCUUGCCAUCACCUGUACUACAUUAAAUAUUGAAUUUUAUUUGUUUAUCUUGUUGCCACAAUGGAAAAUAAAUAAAUGUGUGCACCUUGGUGCAGAAACAUCAAA